GCGAAAAUACUGGAGGUAAGAGCCCCCCUCCACGACCCUACUCCUCCAAGCUUCCAGAAAUUGCAGGGGAGAGGCAGAGACAGCCUGCGGGGCUCCUGCCUGCUGGGACGAUGAGCUGGCAGCGUCUGUGGCUGGGUUUCCUAGUCCCCGUGACAGUCUCAGGCCGGGCCCUGGGGCCUGCAGAGGAGGAGGCAGCAAUGGAUUACCUCUUGCAAUUCGGGUACCUCCAGAAGCCUCUGGAAAGAUCUGAAGACUUCAGGCCAGAAGACAUCCAAGAGGCUCUGAGAGCUUUCCAGGAAGCAUCUGAACUCCCGGUCUCGGGUCAGUUGGAUGACAUCACAAGAGCCCGCAUGAGGCAGCCCCGUUGUGGCCAGGAGGACCCCUUCAACCAGAAGACCCUUAAAUACCUUCUGCUAGGCCGCUGGAGAAAGAAGCAUCUGACCUUCCGCAUCGUGAACUUGCCCUCCACCCUCCCCGCGUCCACCGCCAGGGCGGCCCUGCUUCAGGCCUUCCGGUACUGGAGCAGGGUGGCGCCCCUGACGUUCCAGGAGGUGCAGGCUGGCUGGGCUGACAUCCGCCUCUCCUUCCAUGGCCGCGAGAGUCGCUACUGCUCCAACACCUUUGACGGGCCUGGGAGGGUGCUGGCCCAUGCCGACAUCCCCGAGCUGGGCAGUGUGCACUUCGAUGAGGACGAACUCUGGACCGAGGGCACCUACCGGGGCGUGAACCUCCGCAUCAUCGCAGCCCACGAAAUCGGCCACGCCCUGGGCCUCGGGCACUCCCGGUACACCAAGGCCCUCAUGGCGCCCGUCUAUGCUGGCUACCGGCCCUACUUCAAGCUGCACCCGGACGACGUGGCUGGGAUCCAGGCGCUCUACGGCAAGAAGAGGCCUGAGCUAGAGGAAGAGGAGGAGGAGGAGGAGGAAGAGACAGAAGUGCCCGUUGUACCUCCAGUGCCCACAGAACCCGGUCCUAUGCCAGACCCCUGCGGAGGUGAACUGGAUGCCAUAAUGCUGGGGCCCCGGGACAAGACCUAUGCCUUCAAGGGGAACUACGUAUGGACGGUGACAGAUUCGGGUCUGGGUCCCUUGUUCCGAGUGUCUGCCCUGUGGGAGGGGCUCCCAGGAAAUCUGGAUGCUGCCGUCUACUCUCCCCGAACACAGUGGAUUCACUUCUUUAAAGGAGACAAGGUAUGGCGCUACAUUAAUUUCAAGAUGGCUCCUGGCUUCCCCAAGAGGCUGAAUAAGGUGGAGCCCAACCUGGAUGCAGCUCUCUACUGGCCUCUCAACAAGAAGGUGUUCCUGUUCAAGGGCUCUGGCUACUGGCAGUGGGACGAACUGGCCAAAACGGACUUCAGGAGCUACCCGAAACCCAUUAAGAAGCUGUUCACAGGCGUGCCGGACCGGCCGUCCGCGGCCAUGAGCUGGCGGGACGGCCGCGUCUACUUCUUCAAGGGCAAACAAUACUGGAGCCUCAACCGGCAGCUUCGCGUGGAGAAGGGCUACCCGAGGGAUAUCGCCCUCAACUGGAUGCACUGUCGGCCCCGGAGCCCAGCCACCACCCCCUCGGCGGGGGCCACCUCCUCCCCAGCCCCUGGCUCCGGGGCCCCGGGAACUACUGUAAACACGGUUCCUUCUUCUGUCAUCACCACCACUGGGAGCACUGACCGCUCCCCUGCAGACCCGAGCUUGGAUACCAACCCCUCGGUGACAGGCUCUCCUGCGCCGUCAUUCCCUGGUCACGUCACCCGCCCUGAGUCCUAACGCCUCAGUCCUACGUGUGCACGCCGUCCUGCAGGUGCUGAGCCUCCAACGUAGACCUCGGUCUUCUCCACGGCCCCGUUCUCCUCAUCACCACUGUCCCGUGUUCCUUCCUCUGGGCGGUGUGAUUCCCCGACGCUGGGUCAGCGCCCCCCUCCACCCGUGCCCUUCCCGUCUGAGAUAACGGUUCCAACGCUUACUGCUACUCUUUAGAAGACGGGGGUAGAAGGAAGCUAUCAACCAGGCCGUAAGCUCCAGCAGGCUGGAAUGCUGAAUGCCUUGUUGGUCCAGUUCUUCCCUGAUAAAGGGCAAGAAAAUGGCAUGGCCAGUAACCUGAGCGAGGGCUUUGGAAUCCUAGAGAAUCCACUGACUUGGGGGCCAGAGAGUAGGACAACGGGUAGGGUGCUUGUCCUGCACGCGCCCAACUCGGUUUCAUCCUCGGCAUCCCACAUGGUCUCCCGAGCACACCAGGAGUGACUCCUGCGCACAGAGCCGGGAGGAAACCCAGAACAGCGCCGGGUGUGACCCCAAAUAAACAAAACGAAGAAUCCACUGACUUGCUUCGAACUUGGAGCACACUGACGAAACCCCGGGAGCCUCAGAUUCCCUGUUGGCAAAAAAUGAGGCUGACAGCACCCCCGCGGGAUCGUGGCCUUCUGUGGACUGUUGCCCAGGGGGUGCCGGGCACAGUGCCGGGCACGCUGUGCUUAA